CUUUGCUGACCUCUGCUUUAGCACAACAAAUGUCGCUGUGAAAUUCUCAACAGGAAGCAGAGGAGAGUAUCGCUCCCUCGAUAUCAUAGCGGCUUGCUUGUGCACGGCAGCCAUUUUGGACCACCACCGCCUCAGAGAAAUUGUCCUAAAAAGGUAAUAUAUUGGAGAGGAAUGUGGGACCAGGGAGGUCAGCCCUGGCCGCAAUGGCCUCUUAGCCAGCAGCAGUGGAUGCAGUCUUUCCAGCACCAACACGAUCCAGGUCAAGUGGACUGGGCUGCACUGGCCCAAGCAUGGAUAGCUCAGAAGGAAUCUACUGGUGCAGAGCCUGAAAUUGAGCCCAACGGACAGGACAUCCCAGGUCUGGAACCACCUGCACAGGGCAACCAUGGCUCCUUCCAGGGCGACCCUGCUUUCGGUCGGAUGUGGCAGCCAGAAUGGGGAGUGCAUGGCCAGCCACCACCGCGGCGGCCGCCACCACCGCCGCCUCCUCCCCUACCACCUCCUGAACAAACCUGGAUCCCUCCUGGUCCGGCACCGAUGGAUGUGGUGAACCCCAGUGAGGACAGCAACAGCCAGGACAGCGCAGAGUUCAACUCUGAAGCGCAUCGCGGGGUUUUUCCUCAGAACAGCCAUGGGUAUGGGGCACAGCCCGACAGCUACGACAUGGCCCCCAUGGCCAUGAACCAGUUUGAUUAUCAGCAUGGGGCUGCUUCGUCCUUUGCCCCGCCACCCUCCAGUUUUCAUUCACCGUACUGGCCGGGACCCCCUCAGAACCGACGGGAUGCCCGACCACCUGGUUUCAGGGACAGGCCCAGAUCCCCCGUCCGGCUUCCGCUCAAACAAGAAGCCCCGGCACCACUUGAUGCAGUGAAAAGGCGCACACUACCUGCAUGGAUUCGAGAGGGACUGGAAAAGAGGGACAGAGAUAUUCAGAAGAAACUAGAGCAAGAACGAAUGGAGAAGGAGCGCGCAGAAAUGUCAAAAGACGGUGGCGAAGAGCACAAUGUGGAUGAUGGCGAUGGGCCUCACAUACCCCGCAAGAGUAAAUUUGACAGUGAUGAUGAAGACAAUUAUGAAGAAAAGCCUCCUGUACAAAAAGAGUUUUUUGUGCGAAGCCCAUCGCCUCCAGCAGAAGAAAGCGAGCCUGAAAUGACUGAGGAGGAAAAAGAAUUCCAGCUGAUGAUCAUCACAAAAACUCUUCUCACAGAGAUCCUUUUAGAGGUCACCAAUGAAGAGAUCCAGCAUGUGGCAAAAGAAGUUCACCGCAAAGCCACGCGAGCUCCUGCAAAACAGCUGGCACAGUCAAGUGCACUGGCUUCUCUGACUGGUCUCAGCGGGCUGGGUGAAUAUGGUUCAGAGGAGAGUGCGGAUGAGGAUGACCACAGCGGCCGAGGGUCUGAAUCGUCUGACACUGAUGAGGAGGAGUUGCGCCAUCGUAUCCGGGAGAAGCAGGACGCCUUCCUUCGUAAAGAGCGAGAAAUGCAACAGCACCAAGAAAAACUUGCACAAGAUGCUCAGCUUGCACGUGAGGAGAUGUUGAGGGAGCGAUUGAGCAGAGAAAGGGGUGAAUAUGAAGAGGUCCCAUUAGAGAAUUCUCACCAAAAGGAAGAGAGGGAGGCGGAGCCCUUCGUAGAGAGACGUAGGUCCCGUAGUGAGAUGGAGAGUAGUGAGGGCAGGAAUUCAGGCAGAAGCAAGGAGCGAUCGGGCAGAGGUGGCAGCAGUUCACCGGCCAACGGUCACAGCAGCAGCUCUCGCUCCUCGUCCAGUCACAGCAGCAGUCGGACAUCCUCUUCAUCGUCAACAUCGUCUUCUCGUAGUUCUACUCGAUCCUCUUCCCCUCGAAGGAAGAGGAGACGUAGCCGUUCUUCUUCCUACAAGAACCACCGUCGUAGCCGCAGCCACAGUUCUCAUAGACGUCGCAGUGAAAAGGUCCGGGACAGGAGGAGAAGCAGUACGGAUCGAAAAACAGGACACCGUAAGAAAGAUCGAAGCAAUUCCAGAGAACGAAGGAGCCGCCGGAGUAGGUCCAAAUCGAGAGACCGGGGCAGGGCUCGAGCAAGAGAGAGCCGCAGUCGCAGUAGGGACAGGGACAAGGAUAGGGACAAGGAUAGGGACAGGGAUAAGGAGAGGAAAAGAAGUAGGGAGCGCAGGGAUGGCAGCCAUAGCAGGAAACACAAACCGAAAGCGUCCAGCAAAGACAGAGAGAGGAAGCGAGAUCGAAGCCAUAGCCCUGACAAAGACAAGAAAAGGAAGGAUAAGGAUAGGGAGAGAGACUCUGAUAGAAAACGAGACAAAGCAAGGACUAAAGAAAAAAGCAACUCUUUAGUUAAUGAUGAAAAUGGCAAAUCAAAGAAACCGAAAGAGGUGGACUGUUAUGCUGACUCUCAGAGCGACAAGCACUCCCGGCAGGAUAGCAAAUCCAGCAAAAAAGGCUCCGCCAAAGCUAGCAAGAAACUGUAUGACUCUGAUUCAAGCAGAUCCCCCACGCCUGAAGUUAGUAAGGAAAAGAAAUCUAAGAAAUCCAAACGUAGUCGCUCAAGGUCGACGGAAAAAUCUCACAAGUCUGGUAAGAAGGCAAGCCGCAAACACAAGUCUAAGUCACGAUCAAGGUCAACUACCCCCUCUCAUCGUAGCAGGCGCUGAGGCUGUUUCCCCACCUCUAAAUUCCAAGAGUUUAAGUGGCUUGUCUCAUUAUAGAGGCAUUUAUGUAGGUGAUGCUCCCCUUUACAUCUCUUUCCCCUUUGUAAAUAUGUUCUUUUUUAGUGUGUCUGAAAAACAAAACAUUAAUGGUUUGCAGUCUUUCUUGUAUCCUCAGUAAAGCAUAAACCUCGGUCAACACUAAGAACUGAAGUUGUAUCAUUUAAAAUCUUAACAGGAUUCAAUUUCCCCCAAAACUUUAUUGUAAGAUGUCCAAUAAAACUAUUUCAUCCUGUUUUGCCUCAUUUUUUGGCUCAACAAUUACAUUCUUAGUGCACAAA